AUGUCAUCCUCCAAAGACCCCGCCGAUCCACCUCGGUUGGAAUCUAAAUUCCAAAAACCCGCCAAGCAAUCCGUGUUCGAGAAGCAAAAGGCCGAGGCUGAAGCCAAGCGUAAGCGCGAGGCUGCAGAAACCGCCGCCGUAUACGAAGACUUUAUCAAGAGCUUCGAUCACGACGACGAUGACGAUACAGGGCACGGCGCGUCGGCGCAGCGGAAUCAGCGGUUUGGGUUUGGCAACCUUGGUGGCCCUCCGCCCUCGGGUCCCAGCGGCGCAUCGCGGCGGCACUUUGGCACGUCGUCGGGGAUGAAGAGCGGGCCAGGGAGCUUGGGGAUGCCGCCUAUGCCGUUUGGAAAGAAACGAUCCUUCAAUGACUUUUCUAAAGAAUCAGAGGGCAGAGCAACGUUGAAAUUCGAGGACAAGAGCGAUGAUGAAGAGAUGGUGGACCGCGCCGAGGAGAAGGCUAUAGCGAGGCCGACUCUACGGCUGUCCAACCUUCCCCCAGGAAUAUCUCCCGCUACGAUCAAAUCGCUGUUACCUACGAACCUGACGGUCGAGAAUGUCAAAAUCCAACCUCCAGCCGGGCCUGGAGGGUCUGAGAGGAAAUGCACGGUUGCCAUCGUGACCUUGUCCAAGGAGACUCCUGCAACAGAUAUGGAUGCUGCAGUAAGCUCGUUGCAGAACCGAUAUAUGGGCUACGGCUAUUAUCUAUCCCUGCAUCGCCAUCUCUCCUCUGCCGUGAGCAACGCCACGCUAUCAGGACUGGGUUCUUCGGGUUCCUCAUCUCAACCCUUUGGGGCAAAGCCAGUAGACCAAGAGUCUGGAGCUGGGCAUAACGAUCAUUCACGCCAUGGAUUUCACCGGGGAUUUGCCCCACCGUCUUCAUACUCCAGCGGACAAGGGGGUGUAAACCGGACUGGCCUGUUAUAUGUGCCCGUCAAGCCUCCUCAGGAUAUUCGAAUGAUUAGGCUAAUCAACAAGGUGAUUGAAGAUGUCCUUGAACACGGCCCCGAAUUUGAGGCUCUACUCAUGUCCCGUGCAUCAGUUCAGAGAGAAGAAAGAUGGGCUUGGCUAUGGGAUGCAAGGAGCCAGGGUGGCGUUUGGUAUCGAUGGACGCUUUGGGGAGUGAUUACUGGUUCACAUUUACAGCAGAAAAAGGGCAAAUAUGUCCCGCUCUUUGACGGAGGCCAUGCGUGGAAAACACCAGAAAAGGGUCUUCGCUUCGAAUACACCACUAGGCUAGAUGAGUUCGUUUCAGACGGGGAGUAUGACUCUUCAGAGGAUGAAGACUUUGACGGAGACGCAAACCGUGACGGCGGCCCGGCCGGCGAAGAGGAGAAGACGUUUCUCAAUCCACUGGAAAAGGCCAAGCUAGUUCAUCUUUUAUCCCGCCUACCCACCACGAUAGCAAAGGUUCGUAAGGGAGAUAUUGCGCGAGUAACGGCCUUUGCCAUUACCCAUGUUAGCCGUGGUGCCGACGAAGUUGUCGACUUGAUCGUCUCUAACGUUGAGCGACCUUUAUCAUUGGCGGUCACCAACCAAGAUACGAAGAAAGAAGGCAGAGGAGAGCAACAAACAGCGGGCACCGAAGAAGGCACCGCUGCUGCAAGCGAAAACACAGACGCGAGCGCGGCCACCUUGGUUGGCCUCUAUGUGGUCAGCGAUAUCCUAUCGUCAUCCUCUACUAGCAGUGUGCGCCAUGCAUGGCGCUAUCGACAACUUCUCGAGACAGCCAUGCGCUCCAGGAAGGUGUUUGAACGUCUCGGCAUGAUGGCUGAAAAAUUGGGCUGGGGUCGACUACGUGCGGAGAAAUGGAAGCGAAGCGUUACCCUUGUGCUAAACCUAUGGGAAGGAUGGUGCGUCUUUCCGGUAGAAAGCCAUGCACUAUUUGUGAGCGCAUUCGAAAAUCCACCGACGCUCAAGGCGCAAGGAAAGGUUGACGACUCCAUCAAGAAGGGGAAAUGGAAGGUCGUUGAAGCCAACCAGACCGCCCCCACGACGUCCGAGCCUGUCAUCACUGGUGAUGCUGAGGUAACGGCGCAGCAGCAGCAAGUGGAAGAAGUGGAGGAGGAGCAGGCAGUAGGCGAGCCUAUCGAAGAAGAUGACGUUGAUGGUGAACCUCUUGCGGACGAAGACCUAGAUGGAGAACCGAUUGAGGAUGACGACGACGACGUAAUCGGAGAACCUAUGGAUGAAGACGACGAUGAAGACAUGGCUGAUGCUGGUAAAAGUCACCAGGCUGAACAACCUGGCGGUGGUGAUGUAAAGGCUACGGAUACGACAAAUGAUGCGGAGGCAGAUCCUCAAGAGGAGUCGCACUCUGGCGGUCGAGGCCAGCCCAGAAGACGAAUGCGAGCGGCCGAUAUGUUUGCUGAUUCGGACAAUUCGGACGGGAACUAG